AUUGAAAAUGUUAUGAAAUUAAAAUUGAACACAUUUUCAAAUUUGAAAUAUUUAAUCAAAAUUAAAAUAAAAAGUAAAAAAAUUUUUGUAUAAAAAGAUUAAAAACAAGAACAAAAUUAGAUAAGUUAGUGGUGAAUUACUAAGAAAAGAAAUUAUUUCAAUUAUAUUUGGUGGAGGGUGAAAAAUGCAACUUAUGUACAUGUGUAUGUGUGUAUGUAAAAAAUAUAAUUUAUUGGUGAUCAAAUUGUGUAGGGUAGUUACAUAUAGGUAUUUAGGAACGGUAAUCAGAUUACACUUUUCUCAUUUCUUUAUUUAUUUUUUUAACUAUUAAAGGUUACCUAUAUAAAUACAUACACAUUUACAUACAUAGAUUAUUUCUUAACUUAUAAAAUGCAUUUACAUAGUCAUACGAUAUUAAUAACACAAAUUAUAUACAUACAUACAUAUGUAGUGUUUAUUACUACAUUUUGUAUUAAUACUGUGUGUUACCGAAAAUCAAGUUACUUUGCAUUUUGGAAAUCAAGGAUUAUUCCACUCCCUUAUUUCCUUCGAUGAUUUUAUACAAUUUUCAUCAUAUAAAGAAUGAAAAUAUAGCGUCGUCCUAGCAUUGGACAAAUUACGAAUCUAUGCAGGUAUACCUACAAAAAUUUUAUAGCAAUAUUCAUGUAAGUACAAAAGAUCUUUACAAACCGGACAAAAUAUCGUGUAUUUAUUUAAGAAGCCAAAUUCAAAUAACAUAUUAUAAACAUUUUCAAAAUUUUCCAAAGGCACAUAUGUACCUGCAUAAAUUCAUAUAUAGUUAAUAACACUAUUUAACAAACUAGUAAAUAUUAAGGUAGUUUUUUUUAUAAAUUUUGUUUUUGUAAAUUGUCUAAAAAUUGCAAUUUUGUUGUUUUGUGAAAUUGACAUUUUGUGAUGACGAUAUUGUAAAAAUAACAUUAUGAGUGUAAACUAUUUCUGUAAGUAGGUAAGUAGAUAUGUACAUAUAUGGGUAGAAAAUUUACUGGGGUUAGUUGUUUUAUUUUAUUUAUUAUAAAUUUAAAAUUUUUCUAAUAACUUGGGAGAUAUCGAUAUUAUACAUAGGGAGGAAGAUAAGUUUAGGAUCAGUUUUUUCUUGGGUUCUGGACGAAAUUGCGAUUGAAAACAAGUUCCAAAUCAAUUUUUAUUUUCUCUAACCAAGUAGGUAUCUGCCUACAUACAUAUGAUUUUAUAUAAGUAGUUACCAACUUGAAAUUUAUAUACAUUUUUUUUAUUUAUAGCAAUCUCCCAGAAAAGUUUUAAAUAAUUUCAAUAAAAAAACAAAAAAAAAAUUAAAAUAAAACACAAAAAUGUCUAAAUUUUAAAUUGUAUACCUAAUUAAAAAGGAUUAAAAAGUGUUCAAUUUUUUUUGUUAAAACAUUCUUUUAAUAUUUUGAAUAAAUAAAAAAACCUUAUUUAAAUUUCGUGAACACUUUUUGAGAGUGAAACCAACAAAAUAGUAUUAUUAAAUGUGUUAAAAUAUUUUAUUUUAAAUUAAAUAUAUCUAUAAGCAUAUACAUAUGUAUAUAAAUAUAUAUUAUAUAAUAAUAAUAUACAUAUAUGAGAAAUAAUUUAUAUAAUAUAGUAGGUACCUAAAGUGCUUUAAGAAAAAAAAAAUAAAAAAAGAAAAAAAUUUUUUGUAAACAAAAACUAUGGAUUCAUUUCGUUUAUCAAAAGUAAUAAAUAGAGCAGGAGGAGGAGGAGGAGGAACAACAUCUGCAGGAAGUGGAAGUGGUGGUGGAAACAAAUCACCAUUAUCAUCAUCAUCCUCAUCAUCUUCAUCAUCAUCAUCUAGUAAUAUUAAUUUAAAUAAUAGUGGAAUUGUAACAACAGCAAUCGGAGGAAUAAAUUCAAAUAUUAGUGGUGGCGGUUGUGGUAUAACAAUUGGCAUGAGAUUUAAUGCUGGAGAAGAAAUAAUUGAAGAUAUUAUUAAAAUACCCAAUGAACUACAACAACAGCAGUCACAGCAACAACAAAAUCAAUCAGUAUCAAAUAUUCCAUUACAGAACGUUGAAGAUUUUAAUUGGCGUAAAGAAAUUCUACAAGGUGGAUUUUUUAAUAGAAAACGUUCUGGAAGUAUUGAAGGUAAUAAAAGUGGUUUGUUAUCAACAAGUUCAACAGCAAAUUUAUCAAUUUUAAAUUCAUCGUUACAAAAUCAUCCAGUUAAUCAAAUACAAAAUAAUAGUGAAAAUGUUAUACCCACAUCAUCUUUAUUAUCAUCAACACUAUCAGUUUCUUCAACAAUAAAUUCAACAGUAAAUAAUUUAACAAAUAGUACUAAUAAUGAUAAUAGUUCUACUGUUGGUACAUGGGAAUUAAUAAAAGUUAAGGUUUCACAAGCAAUGGAAGAUAUAAAAUCAUCAAAAGUAUCUCAAUCACAACAACAACAAUUGCAGCAGCAACAACAACAACUACAACAACUGAAAGAAAAUAUUAAUAAUGAUGAUUCAGAUUGUGGUGAAAUAAUGUUAAUUAAUUCUAAUUCUGAUAAUAUAAUAACCACAGCAGGAUCAAGUAUUGAUUUUAUUAGUAAUAUUAUAACAAUACCCACAACUUCAACACAUACACCAACAGCAACAACUACAACAAUAUCAAGCGGAUAUACAUUACCGUCAUUGAAAACACAACAUAAAUAUUUUAAUUUUAGUCGUCGUAAUAAUAAAUCGGAUACAGACACAGACGAUGAAAAUGAACAAUCAUCUGUUGUUGAAGAUUUAAUUGAAUCAUCAUCAUUACGUAAAUCAUUCGCAAAUUUUAAAACCAAAGCUAAAACACAUUUAUCUGGUGGUGUUAGUAAUAGUAACAGUAAUAACAAUAAUAAUAUUAAUAUUAAUGAUAUUAAUAUUAAUUGUAUAACAACAUCCUCAUUACCAUCUCUAACAUCAUCUACAUUGCCAUCGACAUCACAAACAAUUGAAACUGUAACAACAAAUAUUAACUCUAUUGUAACGUCAAUAAUAACAACACCGAUUGUAUCAACAACAUCGUCAACCUCAAGUUCUUUAAGUUUAGGAAGUGGUAUUCGUAGUACAUUUUUACGUAAACGUAGUAAAAAACAACAAUCACCAGAUAAAUCAUCAACAACAAUUACACCAACAAAAACUAAAAAAGAUUUUGAAAUUGAAUCUGGUGUUGAAAUGUUUGAAGGCAUGGAUUUACCAAAUAUUAGUAAUGACAAUAGUUUUAAUACAACAAAUAUUAAUUCAAUAAAUAACGAUGAUGAUGAUGGUGAUGAUGAUAAUAAUAGUAGUAUUGCGCAACAAGAAGGUUUAAAAAUAUCUUUAUCAACUGACACAAUAACAUUUAAAAAAAUAAACCAUAAUACAUUAUAUCAUCAACAAACAAUGCCAAAUUUAUUAUCAACAAUAAAUAGUCAAAAUAAUAAUAACAAUGAUAAUGAAACACAAAUAUUGAAUAAAAAGAAAUCAUUAUUAUCAAAUAAAAAUGAUAAUAUGUGUGCAGCUACUAGUAAUAAUAUUAAAAUAAAUUUAUUAAGUAAUGAUAAUAAUUUACAUGAUAUAAAGAAUUUUAAAGAAUUAAUUAAUAUAAUAUUAUUGCAAUUUUUAAAAAAUUCAAAUUUUUUUAUAACUUGUGUAUUAUUUAUAAUAUUGAUAUUGGCACCGAUUGCUGAUUUUUUUCGUGGUAUUAUUGCAUGUUUAUGUAUUAUAAUAUUUUUUAAUACAUUUUCUGAAUAUUUUUGGUAUAUAUUGAAUGAAAAAUUUAAAACUAUAACUGUUAAUUAUUUUAAUUUUGAUAAUAAUAAUGAUAAUAAACUGAAUAUGAUCGGUCCCCAACGUUGCAAAUUUGGGAUACCAGAUUAUACUAAAAUGAAUAUUUUGGAAAUUCCACCAAUUGAAGAAUAUAAAUCAUUGAAAGUUUAUUCGGGAUGGAUGAAUGAAAUUAAUAACUAUGAUCCUAACAACUUUCAUCAAUCAAUGUUACGUUCAGUAUACAUUCGUUUAGACGGCUCAAUAUUAAGAAUAUUAAAUACUUCGACUAGAAUAGCAAAACGUUCAAUGUGGAAUGAAAAUCCUAUCGAUAGAAAAAAUAUUAUUUUUACUUGCAAUCGUACUUUUAAUUUAAUUGGUGCAAGAAUUGAAAUGUUACCUAGGGGUUUAGCUAGAAAAAGAUAUUUUAGUAGAAAAUACCCAAUGCAAUUGAUAAUAAAAAAUUAUGAGAAUCAAAAAUCGUUUCAAUCAGAUGAUCAAACAAAUUUGUCUUCAGUUGAUAAUCUUCAGUUAAAUGACACCAGUAAUAAUGAAGAUUUAAUUAAUAAUAAACAGAAUGUAAAUGAUUUAGUUGGUGAUUUUAAUCGUGACUAUUGUUUAUUAAUGAAACAAAAUAAAAUGAAAUUUGUAAACGCAUUAUCUGAUAAUAAUAAUCAUGGUUUAACACAUCAAAGCUCAAAUGAAUCCAAUGAUGAAUCACGUAAUAAUAUUAGCAAUUGUGAUAAUCAACCAAAUGAUCUGGAUUUUGGAGCAACUGUAUUAAGUUCAGAUCUGCAAAAAUUGCAAGAUACACAAGAUCCAAUAGCAUUGAAAGAAACUUUACCAUGUGGUGAUGAAACAAGAGUAUUGUUAUUCGCAAGAUGUGAUCGUGAAAAAGAAGAUUGGUAUAGAAGAUUUUACUCUGCUAGUAUAGGAGCUAUACACGAUCAAGAUUUAAAAAUACCAGAUAUUGUUAUGAUAACAGAUGAAGAAGUCUCACAAGCACUUAAAGCAACAUCAAUGGAAUUAUCAAAUGAAAAUUCAAAUCAAAAUAAUGAUACAACAAUAAAAAGUAAUAAAGAUGAAAAAGAUAACAAACAACAACUACCGUCUAAUCAAAAUUCCAGUAAUAAUAUAAGCAACUCAACAACAAACAUCAGUUGUAAUGAUAACACUGUUCCUGUUGAAGAAGCAUCAGUUUUUGAAGGGCUUCUUUUAAGCGCUGAUGCAGCACGAAAUCCACCUGAAUACAUUAAAUUUAUGGCCAGAUAUCAGAACCGAAGACAGAAACGUCAAGAAGAUGAGCUUUGGAAAGGUAUCAAUCAAUCCUUAUACUUGGGACCAUCUGGAAGUAUUGUAUGGGCAAAUGUUUUAAUUGGAAGAAUACUAUUUAGCUGUUUAAAUGAUAGCAUUCUUUUGGAAAAAAUACAAGACUUUUUGCAAAGAAAAUUAAGCGCUAUAAGGUUACCUAGCUUUAUGGAAGAUGUGUCAAUAGCUCAUAUUAAUUUAGGUGAUACACCACCAUUGAUACACCGUAUAUCACAGCCACAAUUAGAUGAACGUGGCACGUGGAUUGACGCUGAUGUAACAUAUGAAGGAUUAAUACAUAUGACAAUAACGACAAAAUUAAAUUUAUUAAGAUUGAAACGCAGUCAACAUGGUGGAGGUGGUGGUAGUAAUAUAAGUGGUAACAGUUCAGUUAGUACAACAGGCCAACAUUCAAAUCACCAUCAUUCAUCAUCUUCAUCAGUAGUAAAUAUGACUAGCACAUCAACCGCAACAACAUCAAGUACAACAAAAUCGUCGUACAUAGUAAACGAUAAAAAUAAUAUUCCAGAUCGUACGAUAAGUUCAAAUAUUUCUGGUGUUAAUAGUGGCGAUAAUUGUAGUGCUGGUUCAACAACUCCAACUAGUAUUUCUUCAAAUACAAAUGUUGUUACAACUGGUACAAAUUCUGUAGCAGCUUCUUCAACAAGUAGUGUAUCUAAUUCUUCAACUAUAACGACAACUACAACAUCCAUUAAUGAUAACAACAAAUUUAUUCAACCUUCUACAUCAAUAACAACUUCAGCAACAUCUAAUAUUGACAAUAUAAAUAAUAUUGAAAAACGUUCAACAGGAUUACGAAUUGGGAAUAGUGAUUAUAACAGCCAAAAUUCUUUGAUUUUAAAUUCAGCUAUUUAUGAUAGUAAUGCAGAAAGCAGUGGGGCAAGUAGCUCUGAAUCAGAAAGUCCUACAGCAUCUGGUUCUACUUUUGAUAUUGUAUCAGAAUCACAAUCAUUUCAUCCAUCACCUGGAAGUAGUAGAAGAUUUUUAAGAAUAGUUGAUCGUAUUACUGCUUCAAAUAUAUUUCAGUCCGCUACUGAAAUUUCUUAUAUACAACGUGCUAUGGAAAAUAUGAGCACAAAAAUUACACUUAGAGUUGAAUUAAAAGGUUUAGUAUCUAGAGUAGUUUUUAAUAUACCACCACCACCAUCUGAUAGGAUUUGGUUAGCGUUUCGAGGACCACCACGUUUAUGGAUAUCAGCUAAGCCAGCUGUUGGAGAUCAUACAUUCGAUUGGAGUGUUGUAACAAAUGUGAUAGAAAAUAAGCUUUGUGACGAAGUUUACAAAUAUUUAGUUUAUCCAAAUAUGGUUGAUAUAAUAGUACCAUUUUUAGGUCAAUCGACUUAUAAAGAAUAAUAUGUAGCAAAAAAAAACUUGUUUUUAAUCAUAUUUAACAUAAAUUAUAUAUUAUAUUAAAGUCAUUUGUCGCAAAUAUUGUAAUACUAGGAACUUUUUCUUUUAUUAUUUAUCUGCUUUUUUCAUUUUCUUAUUUUAUUUCAAUUAAAGAUUUUUUGUUAGUUUUGAAUUAUAUUUGAAUAUUUUCGUAAAUUAUUGACAUUGUAACACAUUGUUUUAAUAAUGUCAAAAAAAUGGAAUGUCGUUAAAACAACUUAAAAAAAUAA